GCAGGGCUCUUCAUCAGGAAAAGGACAGCCCGGGCACAUUUGUGCGUGACACACAAAACAAAAAAGUUUGUCGAUUCGUCUGCUGGGAAAAUAAUCUGUACCUGUUGCUCGUGUGUGCAGAGCCAGCGGAGGUGAGGAUGUCCGAGCUGAGUGACGAGGCCAGUGAGUCGGAGCAGCUGGGGGCCAGCCUCUCCCUGUGGCUGGGGGAGAGCCUGCUGCGGCCCGAGGAGCUGGACGUCCCGCUGGACCUGCACACUGCCUGCUCCAUCGGCCAGUACGACGUGGUGGCAGAGUGCAUCAAAAAAAAAACGGUGGACCUGGAUGGCAAGAACGUAGGAGGCUGGACUCCCCUGAUGUAUGCGGCUUACAUCGGCCAUGACAACAUCGCCAAUCUGCUGCUGGAGGCCGGGGUCAGUGUCAAUGCCACCACUUCCAAAGGCCUCACCCCGCUGAUGCUGGCAGCGAGCUGUGGGAACGAAAGCAUUGCAUACUUUCUGCUGCAGCAAGGUGCCGAGCUGGAGCUGAAGGACUCGCGAGGCUGGACGGCUCUGCUCCACUGCACGAGCACGGGCCACCAGCAGAUGGUCAAGUUCCUGCUGGAUAACAACGCAAAUGCCAAUGUGAAGGAGCCAGGGUCCGGUUUCACUCCCUUGAUGGAGGCGGCUGCUUCCGGACAUGAAAUCAUCGUUCAGUACCUGCUUGACCAUAAGGUGAGAGUAGAUGAGAGGAGCUGUAAAGGAGAGACUGCCCGUGCCCUGGCUAUGAUGUACGGCUACACCAAGAUCGCCAGCCUCAUUGACUCACGUUCUCCAAAGAUCAAACCAGGACACUUCGAGGACCUGAGCUCCUCUGAGGAUUCGGACAGCGCUCCCCCAAGGCCGAGGCUGAGUCGGAGCCGCAAUAAAGGGCCCAGCAUCCAUGACGGGCCCCAGGCCAUCGCCAAGUUCCGUGUAGGAGGCACCAGCAAACUCUGUGAGCGACCUGCCGCUCCACCAGGUUACAUGACGUUCCACGAUCUUGGGGAGCAGAGCGAGGGCAUCUGCUACCGCGACGUCACCUCACCCAUCAACGAGUUGGACGGCCAGAGCAACAGCAGCAGAGAUGAGAGUCCGUUCUUUGAGAAUGACAUGCCGACCAUGAGGAGCAGCAGCAGCAGCAGUGAGGGUCUGCCUCGCGUGGUUGGCCUUAACUGGGAAGGAUCAGUGGAGAGCAAUGAGGACUCAGACCAGUGCAAAAAGAGCAGCGCUCGUCGAGUAAACAAGCCUCAUCACUCAAAAGGCAAGAGUCGACACAGCGGCACUGAUGCCACACAGUCUGGUGGCACGGGAAACUGUGGGAUGCGCUCGCCUGCUGGCUCUGCUCCCUCCUACACUGGUCCCAAGGAUCUGGCUGAGUUCUUGGAGCAGAUUGGCUUUUCUAAGUACCUCCCUCUGCUCGAGGAGCAAGACAUUGACCUGAGGAUAUUUCUCACUCUCACUGAAAAUGAUCUAAAAGAAAUAGGGAUCACGUUGUUUGGACCCAAGCGUAAGAUGACCUCGGCCAUUGCAAGGUGGCACAGCAGUGCUCGACCACCCAGCGAUGCUCUGGAGCAAGCCUAUGCCGACCAGCUGGAGGCUGAGAUGCAGGAGAUGGCCAUUCAGCUGCACAAGCGCUGUGAGGAGGUGGAGAGCCUGCAAGGCCAGGUAUCUCAGGAGAAGGAGCUGCGCACAGUAAUGGAGGGCUGUCUGAUGGAUGACAAGAUGGCAUGGAGAAGGGUGCAUGCGGAGCUGGUGGAGAACCAUCGGCUGGCCCAGGACAUGAGCGCCACGCUGCUGAAGGCCAGGGCCUGCCGCACAGAACUGCAGUCCUACCUCAACAUUGACGGGAAUGGCAGCCCUUAUCCUGGUGGCGAAGACAAAAUGAAAGGUGACACUGGUGUUAAAGCUGGGGAAAGCUUGAAGCCCUGCCGUGUUGUGGAGCUUCUGAAAAAGCUUGAUUCCCUUGAAGAAGAACUGGAGGGGACCCUGGAGACGGUGCUCCAGAGCCUGAGGCGACUGAGCGUCCCUGAGAAGGUCACAGAUAGCUGGGAGCGGCCUUAGCCUUCAUGGGGGCUUCUUUCAGUGCUGACGGAGGGUGAGCAAACCACCCUGAACAAACUAAACUGAACGGGAGAAGGCCAAAGAUGAGGCCAGCCCUGCCAGACCAGAGAGCCUUGAGGAGUGGAGCUGCCCAGCAGCUCUUCUAGAAAUGGCUGAUGGACCAGAGCUGGCCAGAUGUGGACAAGGCCAGGGCCAAUGGCAGCUACUGCAGGGAAUCGACAAGCAGGCAGGAAGGGCAGGUGGCCCUCAAAUGCUUGUGCUGGUGUAUAUUGGAUUCCUACAAGAGGACAAGGGGAGAAUAGACUGACUAGCACAGUCCUCUAUGUGAGGCUGAGAGGCAGUCAUGCUGUGAAGUCAGUGCAGUUUUCUUGUAUGAAAUAUGGUGUAAAUUAUGUUUCUGACGCUAAAUCAAAGUUCAGAGGUACAUUUAUAGUAAAACACAGUAGUAUAUUUACUUCAAAGUCAUCUGUGGGGCUGUGCUUUUGAAUGAAAUCCUCUCACUUCUAUGCUGUUGCUAGGUGUUGAAAUAUAGUCCUGCUGAAUGCAAUUUCAAGAGCUGAAAAGCCCAUACAGGGGAGAAAUAUCUAUGAAAACACAUUGUUUUUUAUUUUACAGAACUACAUAAUGAUACACUAGGAAGCCGUCCUUUCUGUCCAUCCUGUUUCUAUGGACAUUCUGUAACUGCAGAGUACUGAAUUUCAAAAUAAAAUGACUGAAUACUAA